AAAAUCCAACUCUAAUCUUAAUUAAAUAAUAAUUUUUAAUAUUUAAUCAGCGCUGUCUCACCAUCAGACUAUCACAAAUGAGGAGGAGAUGAUACGACUGCAUGGAAUACAGGACAACAUCAAAUACCAUAAGAUACCUGCAGAACACAGUGUAAGUAAAUAACCAAAUACAUAAUUUUCCUUGAAUAAUGUGCAUAAAGAUCGAUUGUAAAAGUCUGAAAAUACAGCCAUUAAGCUCUCACACAAUCUUUCCACUUUAUGUUCUCGUUAUCAGUCCUAAUUAUGUUCACAAAAAAAACGAAAUGAAGAAACAUUUGUCUUUUACCAUUAUCUCUUCAAAUGUAAUCCCAGGUGCAGGACACCACUAAUUCACAAGUUCGCUUAUACAGAUAAUAGAGUAAUUUUGAGGGUAUGCGUAUUUGGCGUGCUGUCGGGGAGAGGGCUCUGUGCUCGUUCAUUCUUCUGAGCCCAGAGCACUCCCCCCUGUCCGGGGUGAGGGCUCCGAAUCCGGCAUUAGCCUGAACCCGGAACACUCCCCCCAAGAGAUGCAACUGGUGCAGGACAGCAGCCGCAACAUGUACACCCCCCAAAAACCCCUCUGACGUACAGCGACCAAGAGCUUGGAUCUGAGGCUGGGAGAGACCUUUUUGGGCGGCUGUGGUAGCUUCGCCGAUGCGAAAGGAAUGGCUCGAGAAAUGUUCUUCCGGGAUGCCGGAUUGGUGCAAGACUGUUUUAAGAUGAAUUUGGAACCAAAAACGUGAGACUGGACGACCGGAGUCCUGUAUGAAGAGAGGGUCGGAUGGGGAUUUUGCCUGUGAUCUCCUGAAAUGUAGGUAGGCAAGGAGGGUUUGGGAAGGCUUGAUGGGUGAUUGAAGGUUGAAUAUGUAGAUGAAAUGGCCUCUUUUGAAUUGAUCCGUCAUACUUAGCUUGAUGUGGAAAGAGAUUGUUUCUGCAUCCAGCACUGCCAAGUUAGAGAUGGUGGGGUGGACUGUAGGGUUGAAGCUGGAUGUAGUGGUCAUUUCAAAGCAUCUGAGAAAUCCAAAAAACGACCAGAGUGAACAUGGCGUUGAGUGUUCGGGCGGUGUGCAUGGAGUGGUAACCUCUGUGGAGGGUAGAAAUGCAUUUGGUCAAUAGAUCCAAAGUUAUAGGUGGUCUUUUGACCGGGCAGGCGGGUUGAGCUCUUUGUAUUCCUUUAAUGAGCAUGGAGGCUUGAGGACUGGCUAUAGCUGGGCAGGUUGAGUUAAAAAUGAGUUUGUGGAAGAAUUGAAUUCCGCUUAGGUACCCUUUAAUUGAGCUGGCUUGCAGGUUUUUGUUGAUAUUCAGGAAGGAUAUGAAUGAGGUGAUGGUAAGCAGAGAGAACCCGGGAAAAGGCAUGUUGUAUGUUUGGUGGAAUGACUUAAAACUCCACGCGGUUAGGUAAGACUGAAGGGUCCUGAGUGAGACGGCUUGGAUGAUAGAAUUGAGGGAAGAGUCUAGGAGAGUACUUAGUUGGUGAUUUUCGGGAAUAUCCGUUCCGAAUAAGGAGGUACUGGUGUUGGUAGAGAAGCUAGCAGCUUGAACGUCUGCCAGAAUCUGUGAUCUGAUGGUUUUUGUGGGAACCACAAAAAAAUCUGGGAAUUUGUGGCACUACCCGUGCUGGGUGAUGGCUUGCUUGCACUGCUGAGGUGGUUUGAGGCGGCCGGCUGCUGCAACCUCUCGAUCUAAGGCUCUUCCUCGUGAGGGCAUGGGUUUGAUCUGGACAUGUGGUCGAAAGUGGUCUUGUGUUGCCGGACUCUAAUACUGAAUAGUCUGGGGACUUGUUCGCUUCUGGCCGGGGACUCCCCGAGAGCCCACAUGACUGGCAGGUAUGCAAUGAUGUUUAGUUUCGCAUGGCAAGUUUGUGACGUAUAAAUGUUACUGACACCUGAGUGAACGUACAAGGUCUGAAAACGAUAGUUGCAAGUUUACAUUGAUGGUGAUAUGAUGGUCAUUGAUGGUCAUGCCUGGUCAAGAAGGCUCACCAGCGUCUCUUCUUUCUGAGGACACUGAAGAAGAACCAACUGUCUUCAACUAUCCUGGUGAACUUCUAUCGCUGCACGAUAGAGAGCAUCCUGACCAACUGUGUCACAGUCUGGUACGGGAACUGUUCUGUUGCUGAGCGCAAGGCACUGCAGCGGGUGGUGAAAACAGCCCAGCGAAUCACAGGGACUACACUCUCUUCCAUUGAGGACAUCCAAAAGAAACGCUGUCUGCGUCGAGCUCGCAGCAUUCUCAAGGACUCCUCUCACCCCGCUCAUAGACUGUUUACUCUCCUGCCUUCCGGCAGGCGCUUCAGGUGCCUCCGGACAAGAACCAGCAGACUAGGAAACAGCUUUUUUCCCAGAGCUGUUUCAUUAUUGAACUCUGCUCCCCACUGAUUCCACUACCCCUCAUAACUUUAACUUUAAUGCUGCUAUUACAUUGUUUACAUUGCACUACAGGGCUGCCAUGCAUGACUGAACUGUACACACCAGUACUUCAUGUAUCUGCUCUAUCGGACUGUUUACACACACAGCAUCAUUUGCACUCUAUACUGCUCACUUGCACACCAGGAAUAUUACACUGAAUGCUCAUUUGCACUAAUGGACUACUCUCAUAACUAGAUUACCUCAUCUAGUGCACUGUAACUUUCAUAACUGCAUUACCUCAUCUACUGCACUGUAACUUCAAUAACUGCACCAACUUCUCUACUGCACUGUAACUCAUCUAUUGCAUUACUGAAUCUAUUGCAUAACUAACUGCAUCUACUCAUCUAUUGCACUAUAACUUCAAUAACUGCAUUAACUCAUCUACUGCACUGUGACCUUAAUAACUUCUUUUCACAGUUUCAACACUUUUCAAUAUAAAAGUGAUGUCAUGGUUCCACUGCCAUGUCAUGUUUUAUCCGUCUCAAGUGGAGCCAUGGCAUUGCCUGAUGGUUUUAUGUGAGAAAGACAUAGUUCUUUCUCGUGUCUCGUCAUUGUUCCCUGCAUCACGUUCCUUGUCAGCCUCUCCUUAGUGCUAAUCCCCAGCACCUGUUGCUCGUUAUGAUCCUGUGUUUGUCUCCCCUAUAAAGAGUCCUCAUGUUCAUUGUCCUGUGCUCGUGCAUUGUUUCUCGUUCUUGUUCUUGUUCUUGUUCUUGUUCUUGUUCAUCGUUCAUGAAGUCUUUGUUACCCUGUUCCUGUUCCCUGUGUCUAGUAAGUGUUAGUUUAGUGUUUGUCUCCAGUGUUUGUUUUAUAGUUUAGUAAGUCAGUGUUUGUUCUUAAAGUUUAUAUAUUUCUGUCCUGUUUUCCCCCUUGUGGGUUUUUGUUUUGCCUGUUUGUUUAGUCCUGUUAAUUGUAUAAUAAAUAUCUGUUACCAUCCAUACCGUCUGUGUCUGCCUGUACUUGGGUUCCCACGCCAUGUCCAUGAGCGUCCAUGAGCGUUCAUGACAAGUGAUUGACAUAUAAACUUGCGCAUUGACACGUGAAGCAAUUUUCUCCCAGGCCAACUAUCUUUCUUUUGCUGCUGUGGCUGUGUUGCUCUUUUUUCUAAAUAUGUGCUCAUAUUCACCGUACGCUUGUAACAGUACCUUCAAUUUGAUUGGCGAGAAAUGAACAGAGCGCUUUUUGUCACGUGCCGUUGCCAUGGUGAAUCGUGCUAUCUUCACUCAAUUGAUGAUGGCUUCUCAUCGCCAUGUUGCACGCGCAUAACCUAGGGUGAACUUACUCAGAGUGGAUUGAACUCAAAUCAGCUGGUCUGAAACUGAAAACUCCGAGUAGCGAUUCUCUGAGUAAAUCAACUCAGAGUUCAGAUUUUAACUCUGUGUUGGUUGAACUUUCUUAUUGAAACGGGCCCCUGGGAACUAAAACAAAACUACCCGCUUUAAACAGUAAUGCAACAUUUCUUGGUAAUAUUCUCAGGACAUUUUUAGAACAAAAGAUGUCUAGCUGGGAACCCUUUUCUUCCCAUUCUUUUCACACACGCAGGCUGAUGUUUUGGUCUUGCAGUAUGUCUUGCUGGCUCAUAGAAACACAAGCUUUCCAAUCUUGUGUUAUGCACACAUUGGUUGAUCAUUCACUUGGGCCUUUGGCCGAAUAACCAACAAGAUCUGCUUCCUGAAGAGACAUUUCUGAGGCAUGGGCAGAAAUGAUGCACUUCAAGCAAGUAUUACUAUCACAAACAUAAUUGAAUUCUUGCUACAGGCAGACAGGUGAGCUACCUUUUUUUCUUUGUGAAGAAGAAAAGUUACUUACACAUUAAUAGGCACACUUUACAUGCUAAUUUGUCAGUUUCUUUAUUAAUAUUAUUAUCAUUGUUGUUGUUGUUGAUAAAGAUCUUAAAAUUCCAAAUGAAUGUAUUUUAAUUUGAAUUAUUAAUGUUGAAUUGAUUUACUUAGAGAAUGUUUAGGGUGUUUUUUUAUCAAGGGAUAUUCAGGUUUAAACCAUAAAGCAAGUUUAACAAGGGCAAGUUAAAACAUUAUGAUACGAAUUCAUUUUUUAUAUGGUGCAAGGUGGUGUACACAAAAUAAAUAUUGCAUAUUAAAAACGUAGAUAUCAAAGAGAAACUAAUUUAUCAAGAAAAGCUAUUAAGGCUAACCUGAAAAAGUUUUUUUAAUAUGACACUAUUGCCUUUUUAAUAUCAACUGGAAACAGCAGUUUCAGACUACGAGCAUAAGAUGAUAAGGCUCUGUCACACAUAUGUCACCCAAACUUUGUGGAGCGUAACUGACACUUUACAGUGUAUUUUGUCUACAACUACUGAGGAGGCUACAAAUUAUGCAAAAUGGUUUUAAUUGAGAUUGUAUUUAAUCCAUCAUAUUCUUUUCACCUCCAAAUACGUAGAUAUUGAGGUAAAAACUGUGCCAUAUUGUCUUAUUCCUUAAUGUAGAAAUGCGCUAAAAGCCUAUUUAGUUCAAACUAUUCACAAAAUAGUAGAGACAAUCCUUUAGAACGCUCCUGUUAUUCAAAGCCCUUUUGCAAAGUUGUAUUUACUGUGUAAACUUUUUCAUGCUGAGUUUCAACAUGUCCUUCAUGGGUCGGUUUCACAAACCUGAACAUCCAGUUUUUCUGUGAUACAUCAACAUUUAGACCAGCAUAAGAGCUCAGAGCAAGUGGUCACUUCACAACUUGAGUUUUUGGAAAGGAUCUACUUUGACUCUCUCCUGUGAAACACAAGAGAUACAGAAGAUGGCACAUUAUAAUCAAGAAUUAUCCUCAUCAUCAGGCAAUGUCAACCUGGGUGUGUCUGGCAAUCCUCAUGCCAAACCUACUGACUUUGACUUUCUGGCAGUGAUUGGAAAAGGAACAUUUGGGAAGGUACUCUUGGCGAAACUCAAAGCAGAUGGAAAAUUCUAUGCUGUGAAAGUUUUGCAGAAAAAGAUUAUAUUGAAGAAGAAAGAGCAAAAAAACAUUAUGGCAGAGAGGAAUGUGCUACUCAAGAGCCUGAAACAUCCUUUCCUGGUUGGCUUACACUACUCCUUUCAGACCACAGAGAAGCUAUAUUUUGUCCUGGAUUAUGUAAAUGGAGGAGAGCUGUUUUACCACCUACAACGAGAACGGUGUUUCUCAGAACCACGUGCGCGCUUUUAUGGGGCUGAAGUGGCCAGUGCCAUUGGUUACCUCCACUCUCUCAACAUAGUUUACAGAGAUCUCAAGCCAGAAAACAUCCUCCUAGAUUGCCAGGGCCAUGUAGUGUUAACAGAUUUCGGCCUGUGUAAAGAAGGGAUAGAACCAGAAGAAACCACCACAACCUUUUGUGGAACUCCUGAGUAUCUAGCACCAGAGGUCCUACGAAAGGAGCCCUAUGACCGAACAGUGGACUGGUGGUGCCUUGGAGCAGUGCUCUACGAGAUGCUGUAUAGCUUACCUCCAUUUUACAGUCGUGAUAUAUCUGAGAUGUAUGAUGGAAUCUUGCAUAAACCUCUUUACCUGCCACCUGGAAAGUCUGAAGCUGUGUGCCAUCUGCUCUACGGACUCUUGCAGAAAGAUCAGCGCAGACGAAUAGGAGCUAUUGCUGAUUUUCUGGAAAUUAAAAACCAUGUGUUCUUUGCCCCCAUAAACUGGGACGACCUCUAUCACAAGCGCAUCACUCCUCCAUAUAACCCCAAUGUGAGAGGCCCUUCAGACCUUCAGCAUAUUGACCCAGAGUUCACAAGAGAGAUGGUGCCCAACUCUGUGGGUCGCACCCCAGAAACUACAGCAAGCCUCGCUGCCAGCGGCUCCAAUGCUUUCAAUGGCUUCUCCUAUAUUUCUGGAGAAGAUGGCUUUCUCUGAGACAUGUUCUCCGAUCAAAGUUUUUCUCAAACUAGAGUGCCCUUUACGGUAUAAAGCAAAUAUUAUUGUCAUACAAUCAUGAUGAUAAAGACUGGAAUGGAAAAACAUAGGCAUGCUUUUUAUACUAUGCUGAUGAAAGUUAAAGCCAUAAAGAAUUAAAAUGAUAAGUUUAUAAAUGUUUGUAUGUAUAAUAAAUCGGAACAAAUCAUUUCAUCAAUCUGCACAUUUUCAUUGUGCAACAUUGACAGACAUUGCAGAAGUUUUUGUUGAUUAAACCAUUGAAAAUGAUAAUUGCAAAUUAUGUAAAAAGCUUAUAAACAUAUUUGUUACUGUUAUAAAUAUCCUUAUUUAUAAGUGUUUUUGGAAAACUUAUAAAUGAAUGUAAAUGUUAUUUAAUUCUGUCUUAAGUUAAAUUAUGCACACAUAUACACAUGUACUAAGUUUUAAAUAAAUUGAGUUGUUUCUGGAUGUACCUUGAUAUGUAUAAUAAAACAUAUAGAUUAAGGUCUUUUCAACCUGGCCUCAUAGGA